AUGGCCCAUAAAGGAGGCGUAGAAGCUCUCAGCGGCGUUAUGGUUCUCUUAGCUGGAGACUUUCGACAAACCUUACCCGUCGUACCAAGGGGAACACGAGCCGAUGAAGUGAGGUCAUGUUUAAAAUCAUCGUAUUUGUGGCCCCAAAUUAAGAAGCUCGCCUUAAAGACAAAUAUGAGAGUACUUUUAGGAGGUGAUGCUACCGUUGCUAAGUUUGCACAGACUGUGCUUCAAAUAGGAGAUGGAAAUUACCCUACAGUUGAUGGUAAGAUUAUUAUACCACCAACUCUGGCUACGGUAGUAGAAUCUCUUACAGAACUAACCAACAAAAUUUACCCCGACAUCAUCAAUCUCAAGGCAAAACCCAUAGACUGGUUAUGCGAACGUGCUAUUUUGACUCCCAAAAAUGAGAGAGCGGCUGGUAUUAACGAUCUUUUGUUAAAAUCAUUUGAAGGAGAAGAAAUUCAAUAUAAAUCCGUGGAUUCGGUAGUACAAACUGAUGAUGCUAUAAAUUAUCCAGUCGAGUUUUUAAAUACGCUUAACCCAGCUGGUCUUCCCCCUCAUAAUUUCACACUUAAGAUUGGCGCACCAGUUAUGCUAUUAAGGAACCUGAACCUUCCAAAGUUAUGCAAUGGCACCAGAUUGCAAAUAACGGCUCUCCACCGGAAUGUUGUAGAGGCCACGAUAAUCACGGGAUGUGCUCAAGGGGGAAAGGUGUUCAUACCACGAAUACCUUUAAUACCGUCAGAAUACCCAUUUGAAUUCAAAAGGUUGCAGUUCCCCCUGAAAGUCUGCUUCGCAAUAACUAUCAAUAAAGCACAAGGUCAAACAUUGAAAAUGGCCGGAAUAGACCUGACGGAAGACUGUUUUUCUCAUGGACAGUUCUAUGUGGCCUGUUCCAGAGUGAGUGCCGCGAGUCGUCUGGUAAUUCUAGCACAUGGAAAGCUUACGACGAAUGUGGUAUACAAAGAAGUACUUUGUUAG